AUGCCAGAUCUGAGAUGCAUUUUAACACUUCCGCUAGCGGGAACCCUGGAAUUCAUGGUUGAAGGAGUAUUGUCAAGGCUAAGAAUGGACUUCCCAAAUACAAUAUUUAUGACCCAUGCCAAUUACAUCAUUGCCAGACAUAAUAUAUCAAUUGAGUUUGUGAGAAGAAAUGAUGGAUACGUAGAUCUGCUUUUCGCUUACCCUGAAUCGAAUGAUCUCUUGGCGACAACCGUGUAUGAACAUCUCAAGAAUAUCUUCCAAAUGCACGUGCCUAACCUACGGGCACCAUUUUACUGA